CCGGGCCCGCCCUCCCCGCCGCCUGCACCGCCGCGGCCGCCACUGCCGCGGGGGCGCAGGGGCUGAGGUGGGCGCAGCGCCGGCGCGACUUGGACUGGAAGCGAGGGGGCUGCGCCAGGCCCGAAGCCGAGGCGGGGCCGGGCCGCCCCCUCUGCUCCCGCCGGCCUGCGGGCCCGAGAUGCGGCUCUGAGGCCCAGCAUGGCUGGCCCGGGCCCCACCUUCCCGCUGCACCGGCUGGUCUGGGCGAACCGGCACCGCGAACUGGAGGCCGCGCUGCACAGCCGCCAGCAUGACAUUGAACAGGAAGACCCCCGGGGGCGCACUCCCCUGGAGCUGGCGGUGUCCCUGGGGAACCUGGAGUCUGUGAGAGUCCUCCUCCGACACAAUGCCAACGUGGGCAAAGAGAGCUGCCAGGGCUGGGCAGUCCUACAGGAAGCAGUCAGCACUGGGGACCCCGAGAUGGUGCAGCUCGUGCUCCAGUAUCGGGACUAUCAGAGGGCCACACAGAGGCUGGCUGGCAUUCCCGAGUUGCUCCACAAACUCCGCCAGGCCCCCGAUUUCUACGUGGAGAUGAAGUGGGAAUUCACCAGCUGGGUGCCCCUCGUGUCCAAGAUGUGCCCGAGUGACGUGUACCGCGUGUGGAAGCGGGGUGAGAGCCUGCGGGUGGACACCAGCCUCCUGGGCUUCGAGCACAUGACCUGGCAGCGCGGCCGAAGGAGCUUCAUCUUCAAGGGCCAGGAGGUGGGAGCCUUGGUGAUGGAAGUUGACCAUGACCGACAAGUGGUGCACACGGAGACGCUGGGGCUGGCACUGCACGAGCCGGAAGCGCUGCUGGCUGCCAUGCGGCCCAGCGAGGAGCACGUGGCCAGUCGCCUCACCUCUCCCAUCGUCUCCACCCACCUGGACACUCGCAAUGUGGCCUUCGAGAGGGGGAAGGCAUUCCGUCUUUCUUCAUUAAGUAUGACGUUCGGUGUGGAUGCCCUUUGUCAGAUUGAGAACAAAUGUGGUAUCUGGGGCUGGCGGUCUGAGAAGAUGGAAACCGUUAGCGGCUACGAGGCCAAGGCAGGAGAGGUGUACAGUGCCACCAAUGUGGAGCUGGUGACACGCACACGCACGGAGCACCUCUCAGAUCAGGACAAGUCGAGGAGCAAAGGGGGGAAGACGCCAUUCCAGUCCUUCCUUGGGAUGGCCCAGCAGCACUCCUCCCACAAUGGGGCUCCCGUGCAGCAGGCAGCCAGCCCCACAAACCCCACAGCCAUUUCCCCCGAUGAAUACUUUGACCCCAACUUCAGCCUGGAGUCGAGGAACAUCGGCCGCCCCAUUGAGAUGUCCAGCAAAGUACAGAGGUUCAAGGCGACACUGUGGCUGAGUGAGGAGCACCCGCUCUCCCUGGGUGACCAGGUGACGCCCAUCAUCGACCUGAUGGCCAUCAGCAACGCUCACUUUGCCAAGCUGCGCGACUUCAUCACCCUGCGCCUGCCCCCCGGCUUCCCGGUCAAGAUUGAGAUCCCCCUCUUCCACGUGCUCAACGCCCGCAUCACCUUCGGCAACCUGUGUGGCUGUGACGAGCCCCUAAGCUCGGUGUGGGCGCCGGCGCCCGGCUCUGCCGUCGCAGCUUCAGGGAGCCCCUUCCCCUGUGAGGUGGACCCCGCCGUGUUUGAGGUGCCCGAGGGGUACAGCGUGCUGGGCACGGAGCGCAGCGAGCCUCUUCGUGACGAGGACGACGAUCUGCUACAGUUUGCCAUCCAGCAGAGCCUGCUGGAGGCGGGCACGGAGGCGGAGCAGGUGACUGUCUGGGAAGCCCUGUCCAACACCCGGCCUGGCACCCACCUUCCCCAGGGCACGGCUUUUGAGGAGCAGCUUCAGCUGGAGCGGGCCCUCCAGGAAAGCCUGAGGAUGUCCACCGAGACUGGGGGUCCGGGAUCCCCUCACAGGACACCCCCGGCCCUGGCCCCCCCAAGCUUUGAGGAGCAGCUCCGCCUGGCCCUGGAGCUGUCUUCGCGGGAGCAGGAGGAGCGGGAGCGGCGGGGGCAGCAGGAGGAGGAAGACUUACAGCGCAUCCUGCAGCUCUCGCUCACGGAGCACUGAGUCCCCGGCCCCGGGGGAGGGCUCCCCACCCACUUUUAUAACUUAUUUAUUUAUAAACACUCUGCUGCUGAGCUUGGGGCCUGGAGCCCCGGGGGUGGGCCGGCAUUGGAGACAGAGAUGGAAAUAAAGACACCCUCAGCAGCA